UGCAUGCUUUGUCUGUGGGUGUUUGUAGAUCAGAAAUUGAUGGGCCAAUGCACACUUAUAUCGUGGCAACUGAAAGUAGUGAAAGGAGGCAUGUUGUUUGUUUUAGUUCAAGUGAUUUAACCAUUACAUGUAGUUGCAAGUUAUUUGAAAUGCGAGGAUGGUUGUGUAGGCAUACUUUAUGCAUCUUGAGACAUGUAAAUGUUACAAGCAUUCCUUCACAAUACAUUCUGAAGACGUGGACAAAAGCUGCAAAACAAGGGACUUAUUGUCAUGUUGGACAAAGCUCUCAUGCUGUGGUAAAGUCAAAAACAUUACGCUUGAAGAAAUUGAUGCAAUUGGCUUUCAGUGUUAUGAAUAUUAGUGCAAACGAUGAUGUUUCGGAGGAGCUCGCAACCACAAUCUUGCUGUGUCUUCGCUCCCAUAUCACAAACAAAAUGCAAUCUUCGACAGGUAAUGAUCAUAUUAAUUUCUUGGUGGAAAGUGAUGAAGCUGAAGAUGUAGAAAACUAUGAAAUUCAAAUACUUGAUCCCCUUCGGAGAAGACCAAAAGGUGUACCAAACACUCGGUUGAAGGGCGCUAGUGAAAAGCGAAAGAGAAAACCAUCUUCAUGCGCAGGAGGCACCUCACAUAAGGUAUGAUGCUUGUUUAAUUUGUGAUUUCAUCAAUAAAAGCCAUGAAGUUAUUAUGAUACUCUUCCUUUUUUGCAAGAUUGACCUUCGGCGAUCAUUCACUACGAUGGGUAGAUAGCGAAUUUGGUGAUUGGUUAUCCUCCAGUUCUGAUUAAAAGCAUUAACAACUCUUUAAAACCUCGGAUUAGGUUUUUGAUUGAUAUAAUGGGGAGACAACUCGAUGAAGCUGCUGAUUAUCCUGACUUCUUUCCCCAUAGUUUGAAAAUAGACUAGAGCAACGUUACAAAUUUUUGAGCAAAAGGAACAUCGGCUGUAGCAUGAGCGAGAUGCUGGAUUGUGAUCAAAAGAAGUUCUUAUUUAAGUUCGGUUUGAUUGGAGGAUUCACCUGAGUUAAUAGUUACAUCUUUUGUUCAUUCUUACAAAUUUUUUGUAGAAUAGCUUUAGCUGUUAUUCUGUAUCCCUGAUGCUUGAGGUGAAGUCAUCUUGUAUGUGGUUCUAGUCAAACAAUUUAGAUGCCGAGUGAAAUGAUCCUUUUGGCAAAUUCAGCCCAAAAUUUGUGUUGUUUUCUCCAUAUGUGAGAUGAAAUGAAUGCUCAUUUGAAUGCACUGGUACACUUUGAAGCUCACGGAUCCACUGGCUAGCCAAGCCAAGUGAAUGCGAUUGCCAAGUCUAUAAUUCUAGGGUGCCUAGCAUCUCUAAUUCUUGUUCUGAAUCCAUCAUGGUCUAGUGUGGAUGGACUGGGAGAUUCAUAGUUGAUGAAUGAUCAUUGCAGAUGACUUGAUGAAUGAUCAUUGUAGGUACUCUGAAUCGAUGCAUAUGGUUUCAGGUUUAAGAUUGGCGGUCUUGAUUCCUGUCAAAACUUGUUUCUUCCUUAGAGUUCAUUAUGUAGCUCGAACAUUACACGUCAGGUGUUAUUUUUAUGCUACCAAUGCUGAGUUCUCCUCCCUUGCAGUCUGCUUAUAAUGGAAAGGGUGACAAAGGUGAUCCAUGGACUUGGCUAGAAGUGGAAGGGCCAUUAACGGUAAGAUAUUUCUAGACAAAAAGGCAGCAAGAUGGUGAGAGGAUGAACUUGCACUAGUUGAAAAAUCGAUUGUGUUUGUCUUUUCUAACCGAUAGAAGGGACAUGGGCUAUAGAGAUGUUAAAGUCGCAAUGACUUGGUAGUAUAAAUACUGGCAACUACGAGGCAAGCAGAACUGAUGGGGUUAUUUAGUGGGUUAUCCUUUCUCAAAAGAUGCCUGAUGAAAGGUUGACUCAGCUGUGGGCAUGGCUACGAUCUUUUGUGGAUUUGAUCACCUCUUGCAUAUUCGAAUUUCGAUUUUCUUUUAUUCCAUCAAUGAUGUUAUGACUUUCGCUUGUCUUCUAGGCUGUUUUUUUUGAAGGUUGGAUGCUUGGAUUCAAACCCUUGCCAGCAGAUGUAGUCAAAGCUGUUGAUCCACAGCUAGAGAUUGUGAACAAGAAUCUUGAAGCUUAUUAUGAUGCGUGGGACAAAUUUGUCAAGGCAUGGAUAGUCAUCAAGAUUGAGGACACCAAUUGUGUCUACCAAUGGCGCUUGCAGACAGAAAUUGCUAUGAGAGAGGCCGGAAAUCCUGGGAUGUCUGAUGAGGAGGUUAAAGAUUUUGUCUCCCGUUACCUCCGAGCGUAUGAGGCUUAUCUCCCAACACUAUACUCUGAAGGAUCAAAGGGGUCAGACCCUGAGCAUCUCCUGGUUAUCGAAAUUGAUGAAGGGAGAAACCCGUUAUAGCUCCAGAUGUAUUGGCAGCUUAUCAGGAAUUGCCUUCAAUCGCUUAUGUGAUCAUAAACCUAAUUCAUGGUGCUCGAAAAUUGGAACA